AUGGGUGAAGAAUUGAACGAAAUUAAAAAAAAAAUUAGCGAAAAGGAGGAAGAAAUAAGAAAAAUAUGGGAGGAGUUAAGAGCCGAAAAAGAAAGACCGCGGGAGGAGAUUAUUGAAGAACUAAAAGGCAUUAAACGCACUACCGGUCAGCAUCCCGGUGGCCUUUUGAUUACUUUGCCUAACACCGACAUUCAAAAAUAUACUCCUUUGAAUUAUCCGGCUGAUAACCGCCAAUCAGAGUGA